AUAUCGGAAUUUUAUUGACAUCAACUAGUUCUUCUUCAUUCUUUCUUUUUUGACGUGACACCCGAGAAAAAUGGUUAAGGUUAAGUGCUCCGAAUUAAGAACCAAGGACAAGAAGGAGCUCUCCAAGCAAUUGGAUGAGCUCAAAACUGAGCUGCUUAGCUUGCGUGUGGCUAAGGUGACCGGAGGUGCUCCAUCCAAGCUCUCCAAGAUCCGUGUUGUGCGAAAGGCCAUUGCUCGCGUCUACAUUGUUAUGCACCAGAAGCAGAAGGAGAAUCUGCGUAAGGUGUUCAAGAACAAGAAGUACAAGCCCCUGGAUCUGCGCAGAAAGAAGACCCGCGCCAUCCGCAAGGCUCUGUCUCCGCGUGACGCUAACCGCAAGACCCUUAAGGAGAUCCGCAAGCGUUCCAUCUACCCACAGCGUAAAUAUGCUCUUAAGGCAUAAGCCGGGAAACCAAUAUAAUUCCUAGUGUACGUUUUUUGAGAAGGAAAUAACAUCUUUCCUUCAGCGGAAGAAGGAGAAGAACGAAAAAAAAUAAAACAUACUUGUUUUUUUAAUGUGA